GAAAGCCCUUGCAUUACAAAGGCACGUUGGACACUUUUCAUUCCUUUCAUUUCAUACCACGGGGGAGGGGCCAACUGACAACCGGAUGUAGGCUCGAUUUUCCACCGUGUGAUCAAGCAAUUCAUGAUUCAGGGAGGUGACUUCACAGCUUUCAAUGGAACUGGCGGAGAGUCCAUCUACGGCGAAAAGUUCCCGGACGAGAAUUUCGAGCUUAAGCACGACCGACCUUUCCUUCUGUCCAUGGCCAAUUCGGGUCCUGGCACCAACGGGAGCCAGUUCUUCGUCACCACAGUCCCUACCCCACACCUUGACGGCAAGCAUGUUGUUUUUGGAGAGGUUAUCAAUGGCAAGAGCGUCGUUCGCAAGAUUGAGAACCAGCCUACGCAGGGAGACAAGCCAGUGGUUGAUGUGACCAUUGUCGAGUCCGGGGAGUUUACCGGCAAGGACUACGAGGAUGCGGAUAAGCAUGCCGCUGAUGCCACUGGUGACACAUACGAGGAUUACCCUGAUGACUUCAAGUCUGAGGAGUUGACUGCCCCCCUCUGCUUCAAGAUCGCCUCGGAGGUGAAGAACUUUGGUAAUACUGCGUUCAAGAGCGGCCAACUUAGUCUGGCCCUUGAUAAGUACCAGAAGGGAUUGCGUUAUCUGAACGAGUUCCCAGAGCCUGAUGAGAAGGAUCCCAAGGAGCUGGAUGGGCAGAUGAAAGCCCUCCGCUUCACACUUCACUCCAACUCGUCUCUGCUUGCCAACAAGCUCGAGCAAUACAAGAACGGCAAGACCUGGGCCACAUAUGCACUGGAGGUUUCUGCUGCGGCAAAUGCUAAGGAUGCGGACAAGGCCAAGGCCUACUACAGACGUGCUGUUGCAUCUGAGGGGCUAAAGGAAGAAGACGAGGCACUGGCGGAUCUCGAAGAAGCAUCUAAGCUGGCACCUAGCGACGCUGCCAUCGUCAAUGAAAUCGCCAAGGUCAAGAGAUCGAUCAAGGCCGCCGAGGCUAAGGAACGUGCUGCUGCCAAAAAGUUCUUCUCAUGAUCCUGACCUAUCUUAUUGGUGUUUUCCAUUGCACACAUGUAUUGCAUCCUCUGAGCGAGAUGUUUGGGAGAAUACCCGAGAUACUAAGCCUGUGUUUACUCUAGCAGUCCAUAGUUGAUUGCAGAUGGUCAAAAGGAAAUUUUCGAAGAAACAGAAAGAGAGAAAAAAAAAAAAACUUUCAUACUAGACAGUUCCCUUUAUCCCUCAUUUGAAUUUGUGUUUCUUACAAGGUACACAGUACUUGAGCAAUCAGACAUUGAGGACAGGAAAUAAAUGGGUUUUAUGUCUGUCAACAUUCUUUGGACUCACUUUAGGUAUAUACCAGACGUUGCAUAGGCUGACCCGUAGCCUUUAUCCUCCAUCCUGCCUUGAAGCACCAGGCCGAAGGCCAUACUGGGGAUAGAAUAUGCCGAGCUGUUAAUCUAAUGAGUUUGCAAAGAACCAUGUGAAUGCGAAGAACGAUGGGGAUGCCUUUUCUUCCCUUCAUUCGACUUCACCCUGCUGAGCUCUCUCCUUGCAGGCUCUCUAAUGGGGACCUCGUUUCCGAAAUUUGCUCCAUGCCUAAGUGCUUGUUCCGCUGGCUUUGGAUGAGGAUCGUUCUCGUUCUUCUCCUUUCUGGACUUGUGCUGUAGGACUGUAAUUGUCGUGUCAUGCACACGCUCUAGGCUCUUGAUGAGUUCACCACAGCUAACUAUUCCAGCUCGCAGGUUUUGCACCUUCUCCCUUGGCAUUCCUGGCUGUUUGCGUUGGAAGCUGUCUAUGUUUAUUGACUGUUCGGGCUCGAGUCUGCUCCAUCGACUGAUUGAUUUGCGGGAGCGAGGAAAUAUUUUUUUGAAUGCAGGUUCCUGCGUGAGAUGUAGAUGGUAGCUGAUGCUCAGCCAGGUUCAAGUCGUAUGCAGUUGAAGACUCUUAUACAAAGGUGUAGAAAGGAUAGUAUGA